UCUCUCUCUCUCUCUCUCCCCCCCCUAUUAGCCAUUUUCACUGAUUGUUUGCAUACAUAUUCAUCGGCUCUCUGUCUCCUCUCGACGGCGGCGAAGUAGCGCCAAACCCUUCUUUGCUCCUUAUAUAAACCCUAAAUUAGGUUAGAUCCUAAUUUUUAAGCAUGGUUUCUUCUUCAGCCCUUCUCAUGUGAAAAAUCUUCCCCCCAGCCAACUCAGGUUCUUCACCUUCCGCAGUUUUAGUAACUAAUGGGGAAGAAAACAAAGAAGAAGGCCCGAGCUCCUCCUACCAGGGAAAAGCGUAAUGCUACUCCCUCCAAGAACGUUUCUGAACAACCUAGUCAAAGCGGGGAGACAGCUGGGGAUGCUGUUGAAGCAGUGAAGGAGAAGAAAGCUUGUGUCCAUUUCGAUAAGGGUGUUAAAUUGGAUAGGGUGUUGGAAAAGAUUAAGUCUUCGGAGCAUGUCAAGUGCGGAGAAUGCAAGGAAGGGGGGCAAGAGAGGAGAGGGAGUAAAGGGAAAGGAAACAGGAGCAAGAAGGGGGUUUCUUCUUCAGUCUCGAAAUCUGAUAACAAAGCUAUUUGGGUGUGUUUGGAAUGCGGCCAUUAUUCUUGUGGUGGCGUUGGAUUGCCAACUGGAGCUCAGAGUCAUGUGGUCCGGCAUAUUAGAUUGACGCGUCAUCGGUUAGUCAUGCAAUGGGAAAACCCUCAGUUACUAUGGUGUUACCCGUGCCAUUCGCUUCUUCCUGUUGAAAAGGAAGCGAAUGGUGAGAAGAAUGAUGUGCUAGUGGAUGUCAUAAAAUUGAUUAGAGAACGACCGUCAAAUGCCUCGAGUGGGGCUGAUACUGGAGCUUUGUGUUCAGAAAAUGGCAGUGUCACUAGUGGGAUUAAAUCAGAAAGGGCGGUUUCUAGUGGUGUGGAAGCAAGAGAUGGUUAUGUCGUACGGGGUUUGGUUAACCUUGGGAAUACAUGUUUUUUCAAUUCUGUAAUGCAGAAUCUCCUUUCUUUGGAUCUGUUACGUGAACACUUCUUGAAUGAGGAUGCAUCUGGUGGAGGACCUCUUAUAUCUUCCCUGAAGAAAUUGUUCGCCGAAACAAAACCUGAAGCGGGUUUGAAGAGCGUGAUAAACCCAAGAGCUUUUUUCGGGUCUCUCUGUUGUAAGGCUCCCCAGUUUAGGGGAUACCAGCAGCAUGAUAGCCAUGAGUUGCUCCGGUGUUUGCUUGAUGGUUUGAGCACCGAAGAAUCAAGCUUGAGGAAGAAACUUGGUGCUUCAAACACUGAUGGAGAUUCCACACAUCAGAAACCUACUCUCAUAGAUACUGUAUUUGGGGGUGAGAUUUCAAGCACUGUUUCUUGUAUUGAAUGCGGGCACUCCUCAAAAGUGUAUGAACCGUUUUUGGAUCUCUCAUUACCCGUUCCAGCCAAGAAACCCCCUCCUAAGAAACAGCAAACUGUUUCUCGGGUAAAGAAAUCUAAGCUUCCACCAAAAAGGGUCCCCAAGACUCGGGCAAAAUUCAGCAAAGAUUCAGAAUCUGUACCAGCUAAUGCUGCAUCAGAACAUCCAGAUAGUAAUUCUACAGGAAAAGUUUUGAUUGCUGCAGCAGAUGAUUCAAAUGCAUCCUCUUCCAUUGCUCCAACUUUUCAAUCCACUGAAAAUGGUCCAGUUUUAGAGGCUCCUAGGGAAAUGACCCUGGAGAAUAUGCAGACCACUAAGAUUGCGCCAAAAAAUGAUACAGAAUUUGAUUGUUUUUGGUUGGAUUUUCUUGAACCAGAAAACAAACAAGAUGGGACAGGUUUAGAUCUGCAAGAUAAUGAUAAAGCUAGUCCCCAGACAACUGAGGACAAUGGAAGUGUUCCAGCGCCAGGGAUUCCUUCCCAUUCAUCAAAAGAUCAGAGUUUUGAAUGUGGCACAGAGUCGACAACAAGCCAUAACGAUGGAGGUACAAAACAAGGAGCCACUCAGGAUGAGGAGCAACAGGCUACAGGGUCUAAUGGAAACACAGUUAUAAGUGGGAUGCCCACCGAGAUGGACUGGACCGAUUAUGUUGGUGGUGAUUCUGGAUUAACGCUGAGUAAUUCUGUGAAUCCUUGGGAGGAUGAAGAACUUCCCUUACUGGUUUCAGAUUCUCAAGUUCUCUAUAUGCCGUGUAAAGAAGAAAGUUCAUGUACCGAUAAUACUGUGGUAGAAGCUGAGGCUUCCUCAUCUUUUGUGACCCAAGAACAAGACGUAAAUUUUGAUGGCUUUGGCGGCUUAUUUGAUGAGCCCGAGACUUCUGAAGGGCCUGUUUCCGGACCUCCAUCUAAGACUGAAGACUCUGAAGCCGGUUUCUUGGCUGUUAGCAGUGGUUCUGAUCCAGAAGAGAUUGAUGAUUCUGAUUCACCAGUGUCUGUGGAGAGAUGUUUGACUCAUUUUACAAAGCCUGAGAUUUUGUCAGACGACAAUGCUUGGCAUUGUGAGAAUUGUUCGAAGACCCUAAAGCUCCAACGCUUGAGAGAAAAGAAGAAAGCUAAAAAUGCAUCGAGGCUGAAGGACCUCGGAAAUGACAGGGAGAGCAACCUAUCGAGUCCGAGCUCUGUAAAUCUUGAAAACGGCCAUAGAACUGCUGCUGGUACAGAAUGUUCAUGUGCUUCCUAUGGGGUCCAGGAUCAUAAAUUCAGUGAUAACCCUGUCAUUGGAAGAGAAACGAUUAAUUCUCGGUCAGAAGAUGGCAGUGAAUCUGAAGAUGACGAGGCUGUAGACUCUGAGAAAGUGAUAGUAAAGAGGGAUGCAACAAAGAGGGUACUUAUAAACAAGGUCCCGUCGAUUUUGACUGUUCAUCUGAAAAGGUUCAGCCAAGAUGCUCGUGGCCGGCUAAGUAAGUUGAGCGGGCAUGUGGCUUUCAAAGAGUUCAUUGAUCUUCAACCAUAUAUGGAUUCAGCCAGGUGCAACGGAGAAGAGAAACCCGUUUACAGGCUUGCUGGGGUGGUUGAGCACUCGGGAACGAUGAGAGGCGGCCAUUAUGUUGCUUACGUUAGAGGAGGAAACUCGGAUAAAGAGAAUAAUUGCAGCAGCGGAUUAUCGGUGUGGUAUUACAUAAGCGAUUCAUACGUUCGCCAGGUUUCGUUGGAGGAAGUUCUUCGAUGCGAGGCUUAUCUCGUAUUCUAUGAAAGAGUUUGAGGAACCCUAAAUUCAAUUCUUUUUUUUUUUACCAUUACAGAAAAAAACAAUAUUUGAUGUUCUUCUCUUUACAGCUUGAGCUGGUGAAUCUAAAAGAGAAUGAACAAGAAACACAAGCGAGAAAUUCACCGAGACACAGAGAGGUGAGUUUUUGAUACAAACACAGCUCAUAAUUUUCAUUCUUACUGAGGAAAUUUUUGACAUGUAACUCAAGAUUAUAAAAAUUUGUACUUUCAGAAACAUUCUCGUCUGAAAAUUUUGGCUUCUUACC